AUGACCCCCUUUCCCGGCGUUCGCUUCUCGUCGUGCAUCCUUCGCAGGCUCCCGCUCAGUCGCCCGGUGUAUCUCGGCGGAGCCAGAAUGGUUCACCUAGCCAGCGAGACUGUGCCCCUUGCGCCGUCUUACAACCAUGAAGGAGAUGUUCUGGCUGAAAAAAUAGAGACUCUGGGUGUAUCAGAUCAGAGUAACCCGUCUCUCUCGAUUACGGACGCAGAAGACGACCCGGAGAUCCGAAAGCUGUACCGUCCAUUUAUCCUACCAGAGUCCAGCAAUGACUGGAUACACGAUCUAGAACUGGACACGGUCACUGAUCUUUCAACGAAAUCAUUGCAGGCUACGGGGAAAAGACUAAAAGUACUCGUGCUCUAUGGAAGUCUGAGGCGACGAUCCUAUUCGCGGUUUGUUGCCUACGAAGCCUCCCGUAUAUUGUUUCGAUUGGGCUGUGAUGUACGGGUGUUUGACCCUGAAGGGCUGCCGGUUAAAAAUGACGUCGACCAUCAGCACCCGAAGGUACAGGAGCUGAGGAAGAUGAGUCUGUGGAGUGAUGGCCAGAUAUGGGUCUCGCCGGAACAGCAUGGGAAUCUCACGGCCGUGUUCAAAAAUCAGAUUGACUGGAUACCACUUUCCACGGGAAGUGUACGGCCUACCCAGGGGCGCACCCUAGCCAUUGCCCAGGUAUCCGGCGGCUCGCAGUCCUUCAACUGUGUAAAUUCGCUUCGAAUCCUCGGCCGGUGGAUGAGGAUGUUUGUCAUUCCGAACCAAUCCUCGAUUCCGAAAGCGUAUACCCAAUUUCCAGACGAGGGCCAGCCUGAUGACCAAAGACUGAAGCCCAGCGAUAACCGAGGCCGACUAGUCGACUGCAUGGAGGAGUUUGUAAAGUAUACCCUCCUGAUGCGGCCACAUCUAGAUCUCUUCGCAGACCGUUUCAGUGAGAGGGUAGAGCGAAGAGCAAAAGAGGAAAAGGAGAGAAAAGCACAAGCUGGUUAG